AUGUCAGCAUCAUCUCCAACCUCUCCACCCUUCCCAGGCAUUGGCUCGCCUCCUCGAGGCCUUGACCGUUCACCUCCAGGACCCCGCAACGGCUUCGAGUGCCACGGCUUCGAGUUCUUGGAGCGUCCGGAGAUGCAGUUGACCACCUCCAAGGUGGAGACCGUGCCCGUGCGUUGGGUGCGGCUGCCCUGGCUGAUCGUUCGAGGUGGAGAUUUGAAAUUCAACUACGAGGGCCUUCUGACUGGUGAGUUUCACUCUUUCACCCUAUUCAAUGUUCGUUUGAGCAAGCAGUUUCCUGUGCCAGUUGUUUCGGCCACAAAGGAUACCAUGGUUUUAGGAGAUGGAAGAGGUGAGCUGGACACCAGGGCGAAUUGUCUCACCAAAACUCUCAAUGCUGCCAUUGCACUCCAUGCUUAUGCGGUGAUUUUGGAAAGUGUAGCCCCGGCAGCCCAAGACCAAUUCGUGAAGGCUGAACUGCUCAGAUUUUGCCGUAGCACUGGUUUCACUUGUUCGCAGACGGAACUCCGCCUCGACCAUGUUUGGCCAUGCCGCAGGCAGAGAGCUUGGUGGAUUCUGACCGCCCCAGAAAUCGGUGAGAUCAAGCUGUCCCCAUGGAAACCUUUGGAUAAUUUGUGGGAAACCCAGCAAAUCAUUCCUGAAAUUCGUUUAUGGGAUCAAAAUGAUGAGCAGCAAUUGAGUUUGGACCACCAAGAACUGGAAGCUUUUGGGGUGACCAACAACACACAUGCCAAGCACAUGCUGAAUGCCAAAGGAGUGGCAUAUCGCUCAUGGAUGCUUUUGCGAUGCCGUCAGGUUUGGCCCUCGCAUGAUGAAGUGAUUCGUGAUGACAAAUUGCUUUCCCUGAUUGGUUUCUGGAAGGAUUACAGUGACCUUUCUCUUGCUGAACUUGUGUAUCCGAUGCGUUGGGAGGGCAAAAUCACGGGUUCAGUUAGUAUCGCCUCAGUCCUUGAUUUUCUCAUCCGAACAAAGGAGACCAUUCCAGAAACUCUCUCGGAUGUCUCACAGCAUGAAGAUGAGCCGACCCCGUGGAUGGAUUGCCCAAUCAUCUCUGAUGACCCUACGACCGUAGGGUGCAUGCAAGCUGACUCGUGCACGGUUGUGAUUGAGGGUACCAGUGACUCCCCUAUCCGUUUUCAGCCCAAGUGUUGUGCCACUGUUUCACAGUUCUUGAAUGCUCAUGCCAAAUUGGUUGAAACAUUGGAUGUUGAGGCCAUUACACUGAAUGGUUCCAUCAUUCCUUUGGAGCAUGUCAUGGAAGUGGGGCAGGUGAUUGUGAUCCGUACUCGGAAGCUACAUGGAUCCCAAGAGGAGAUGCAGGUUGUCCAUGAUGUUUCACCCACGGUUGAAUGGUCACAGCCAGUGCAAGAUCCGAUUGAAGCUUUUUCUCCCCCGCGCAAGGUCUUGAAGACUUCCAAGUUUGAUGUUGGCGAAUGUGGUGUCCCGCCUAGUGGACUCUUGCCUGAUCAGCCAUGGUUGGAUGCCACACCAUUUCUCCAGCUGCAAGGUGAGCAAUUUUUGAAACUCUCACCACCAAUGUUGGCGAAUACCCAGCAAUUGUGGUCAGUGAGGCACCAGUUCUUCCGAACGAAUGAUCGUCUCCAAAUCCUGGAGGCCCAACAGCAAUUUUGGGCUGACGAUGAAAUCCGUUUUCAUUUGAAUGCUUUGAUUCCUGCCUUUCGUGACUAUCAGCUUCAGGGUAAGUCUCCGGUGGUUCCACUUUGCGUCAUUGACCCCUUGAUUACGACCUCAUGGGUUUCUGGCAAAGGGUUUGAUUGCAGUUUUUGGGCAAAAGAUCACCCUGAGAUCUUUCAAGCAGGAAUCCCAAUCAUCACUGUGGUCCUCAUUGACAAACAUUGGGUUCCGGUUCACAUGACCCCUAUUCAACAGGUGCUCCAUGUCUCCACAUGGGACAAAGCUGAUGCUGUUCAUGAAGGGCUGAACCAUGUCAUUCACACUCUGGCUGUUUCACUGGGAUUUGAGAGCGCUCUGAUUAGGCGUGAACACAGACUCUUUUUCACCUCUGAGUUAUGUGGAUCAUUGGCCAUUGCGUUUCUUCGCCAUGCUUUGGUAGGCACCCUUUUGCCCACAGACAGCCAUGAAGCAGAGGCAAUACAUGCCAUGCUCAGGACAAGGUAUGUUUCGGCGCUUCAGAGAAGUGACAUAGUGGACCGUCCCUGGAUUUGGGGUGCGGGUGAUGCUCAGGAGUCGACACCACAGUCAUCGGUGGUUGAAAUCCCCACCGUGAACAUCACCCGGGAUCAAAGAAUUGAUCUCAUCAAUGAAAGGGGCACAGCCAUGGCUGAUGAUGAAAUGCGUUUCCACCUGAUCAAUCUUGUUGAGAAACAACCUGUUACCAAUUCCUUGCUGGGGCGUUCUUUUACCUUCCUUGAGCCGUUGGUAUUCAAUUGUUGGAGUUCCAUUGGGAAAAUCAUUGUGGAACAAUGGUGUGCACGUAACACUGAAGUUCACACCCAAGGGGUCAAUGUGGUCACCGCGUUUGCUGUUGAGGGGCAUUGGAUUCCGGUUUGGUUUUCACCCAGAAGCACAGUCAUGCAAGUGCACAUGCUCCAGGCUGAAGGCAUUGAUUUCACCCAGCUUGAGGAAGUUUUUGAACUGAUUGCUCACAAAUUGGGUUUUGAGACUUUCGUCCUUCACAAAGUGCCGGAUGGCUUGUUAGGCGUGGACGUCAGCCGCUCCCUCCAGGACGUGUUUCUGACCGACAGACACUUGCGCAUGACCCUCCUACUGCCAGUUCAUCCGGUCUUGUCCUCGUCGGUGUCUUGCCACUUGCCUGAUGCUUCUGGACAUACCGAUAUUUGCUCACAGCCAGGGGAAUCCGGGCCACUCCCUAUAAUGCCCGUGGAACAGCAUGAGGAAAUUGCCAGCCUUUCGGCCCUGUCCAGGAACGUGCAGAUCUCCCACCCGGGUCUUGGGGUGUCGUCAAUGCCUGGGGCACCUGUUUCACUCCCUGUGAGUACUCAUUGCCCAAACCAUGACCAUGAUGUACAAGCCAAAGGUGGCCAGAUUGAUGAUGCCUUGUCUCCUGUGUCCACACACUCAAGGGAAUCCGGGCCACUCCCUAUAAUGCCCGAUGAACAUGCCCUGCACCCGGCAGAGUCACCUAGGCAUGGUGAUGACAGUGAUGAGAUGUCAGCCCAGCGCCAGGCACGACUUCUGCAAGUAACGUCCCAUAGCUAUGCCAUGGCCGAUGAUGAGAUGCAUUUUCAGCUCCAGCAUCUGAUGCAGUGUCACGUCCCUGACGGUGUGCGUAGCUUCACAUUUGCUCCUCCACUGUACGUUUUUCAAUGGAUGUUGGGGGACCCGACUGGCCUGGACGAGUGGAUUCAUGAAAGUUGGAAAGUCCGAGAUGCUGAUAUGACUCAUUUAAUGGUUGCAUUUCUGAUUGAAAGCCAUUGGAUUCCUGUUUGGUUUUCACCCUGCCCAGCUGGCCUACAGGCCCACACACUUGCUGCCUUUGCAAGUGAUGAGCCCCUGGUGGAUUCGGUCUUGCACCUGUUUGCUGCCAAACUUGGGAUGCCACUGCAUGUGAUUCACCGUGUGCCUCAUGGUCUGGAGGUUGAUCGCUUGUGUGGUGUGAUGACCCUGAGCUUUUUUGCACAUAUCAUGAUGCGGACUGCCAUGCCUCGCGCUGUUGAGGAACUGCACACUAGGUGCUGGAAGAUGAAGGAAGUUUUUGCUCGUGCCCUUCAGAGUGGUCCUUUCACACAACCCACUGCCUGGGGGUGGGGAUGUUCUUGGGAAUGCAGGCCACUCCCUAGAAUGCCUGCUUGGUGCGACGUUCUUGCACUCAUUGAGGAUGCUUUUGACAUCCAGCACAGCGUAGGUAGGCUCAACGCCUUGCAGUGCAUGCCCUUGAUGCCGCAGGUCCCGUAUGGUAUGUCCUUUGAGGAGAUGUCUGUACAUGUUGCCACCUUGGCCUGUUGUGCACCAGUCCUAAGUUCUUGUGCAGUAGCUGUUGGACGAUCUCAAUUGGAGGCCAAGAUUUCGGAUUUUCUGCAAAGCCCAUGUGAAGUGUUCUGUUGUGCCCUGCUGCUUGAGCACCAUUGGAUGCCUGUCCUUGCCUACAAAGAUGGAUCAGGUGCCUAUGUGUUCCUGGAGAAGGAUCGGUUGUUGAGCCAAUUCCAUGGUUGCCACACGGUCUUCAUUCCUGCGACUGAUUUUCCAUUUUGCGGUGCUGCUACUUGGGCAGUUCUGGCCCGGGUUUGGAUGGUGAGUGAGAUCUUAGGGGACCUUCGUGAGCUCCGUUCUUUGUUGUUCCUGCUGGCUCCUGAACAGGUUUCACCAUCAACAAUGGUUGGCUUUGGACCCCAUGGACACCUGUUCAAAAACUUGUGUGCUGAACUCUCCAAGCAUGGCAUCCCUGAACACAUGAUUGAGGAACGUGCACACGCUGCCAUCAAGGUAUUGGGAAGUGAACAGCUCCUCGCAGCCCUGAAUCACCGACAACCAUGGCGGCAGUUGAAAGCGCUGGGAAACAAUUCGAAAUUCCAGUUUGUCUUACCGAGUGAAUUGGCCAAAGCCAUUGAAACGCAAAAGGGCCGUCCUGUCGCCAAAGGGAAGGGAAAGGGUAAAGCCAAGCCUAUUCCAACACCUGUUGACCUUGACCCUGCUAAGUUGCAAGUCUUGGAAGGUACCUUCCGUUUUCAAGACCGAGUCCUUCCUCAGUUGACCACACAGCAAAUUGGUCCCCUGAGCAGCGGUGUCAUUCUCAUGUCUCACCAGGAUGCUGAGCCGUAUCUGAAGUCCGGGAAGCUUGUUUCACAGGAACCUUUGGCCUUAAUUGUGCUGCAUAGAGCCGAUAAGCCAGUUCAGACUAUGCUUCCACAUGCCCUGAUCUCCGUCCCCUGCCGAUGCAUGAUUGACAGUGAGCCUGUAUUGAUUGACGCUGUUCUUGUUCAGGUUGGCACUGGCCUGGUUGAAAAGACUGUUGGAACUUCGUUGCUUACGGUUGACACACCCGAUGUAGUGACGUUGAAGGUAUUGGUAUACAAGGAUGAACUGCACGGGGAUUGGCCUGACUUCUGUCAGUCUCCUAUCAAGUGCUUGGUUGGCAUGCUUCCAAUGCUGAAGAGAUGUUUCACCGAAAACUGUUCAUGUGAAGGGUGGCACAAUCCGGAAAAACUCCCCAUCCGUGACCCGAUCAUUGAUGUUUGGCGCCGGCAGUAUCUCCGCCAAGGGUUCAAGCCUUGUCCGCCAGCUGAGGCUGAAUUCUUCUCGGUCUGCCUGAGGAUCCCAAUGUGCCUCUUGGAAGUCAUGUUAGGAGCAAGUGGUGUCUCGGGAGUUUACUGUGAGCCACGCACGGCCGAUGGCAAGGAAGUCCUCCCGAGUUACACUGUCAUCUGGACGCCAAAACACUCCCUGCAGGAGAUGAGGCAUAUAAUGCAGACCAACCCGGCGGUGAUUGGCCUGGCGAGAUUGGCUGACCGUCGAGGAUUACGGGUCCGAAGUGCCCAGGCAAAGACCAUCCAUGAAUUGGUCAGACCUGAUACGGUGUAUCUGCCCAGUGGACCAAAGGGACAUUACACUGUAGGCCCGUUCCCCUAUGGAGUUGAUCGACAGGCAGUGGGACGUAUCCUGCACAAAGCUGGAUGGGAAUGUCGCCCUCUUCAACCUGCAGCACCGUGUCCUGGCAAAGGAGUGAUGUGGACUGUCCAAUCUGCAGAGGAGCCUUCGCAAACCAUCCUCAUGACCACCUCCGGUGAAAUCAUGAUUUCUAAGGUCAAGCAAGAUGCAGUAUCACCCUCUGCGCCGUCCCUAACCGUGGGAUCUGCUGCCACUUUGGCAUUGUGUGGACGACCUGCGGAAGGUAAUGCCAGUGAUGACCCUUGGGCUAUCCAUGAUCCCUGGAAACGGUAUCACCCCGCCAGCACUGCGGUGACGGGUCCAUCGGAAGGCCUGCAACAAAUUGAAGAUCGCAUCCAGACAGCGGUCCUCGCAAAGAUUCAGCCACCCAUGGAGCAGGACGACCUCCCUGAUCGGGUCAUGACACUUGAAGGUCAAGUGCAGCACCUGCUUGCAAAGCAGCAGGGUUUGGAGACUCAGUUUCAAGAGCAUAGUAGUCACCAUUCCCAGCAAAUCACUGCCCUGCAAGGUCAAGUCUCUGCCCAGGCUCAGCAGCUUCAUGGUCACCUCGAGAAUCAAAACCAGACCAUGCAGUCGCUUUUCGAACAGCAGAUGCAACAGAUCCGUGGCCUCUUAGCCAAACGCCCAAGGGAAGAAGGUCUCCCUGGCAAGGCACCAUAUCUUGUUUCACAACUGGCCCAAGGGGAUAUUUGGGCUGUGUCUGAGACCCAUUUGAGCUCCCAGGCAAUGAGUCAAUUUUGUGCCAGUAUGCGCUUUGCAAAGAGCCCUUACAAGUAUGUGAUUGGUGGGCAUCCUGUCCCGGCACAGACUGAUCGCACGCAGCAUGCUAGCUGGCGUGGGGUUGCACUGAUUUCCAAGUUUCCUUCCAGAGAAGUCCCGACACACCUUCCUGAAGAUGUUCGACACUCGUCAAGGGCUUUGAUCACCACCUCCCUAGUACAGGACACUUGGAUUACUGGGGGCCUUGUGUAUGAGGAACCUGAAAGUAGUGCUUACCCAUUUCGAAAGACCAACAAUGAGCGUCUCCUCCAUGAGGUGGUAAACCAUGUUUGUUGUCUCACCAAGGGACCCAGGUAUGUUGCCGGCGACUGGAACACUGCCCAGCAUGAGCUCCCAGUUUUUGCACGGCUUGAAGAGGCUGGCUUUGCUGAUAUUCAAGAUGUAGCCAACCGCCGGUGGGGUCUCCCGCCUAUGCCAACGUGCAAAGGGGUUACCAGAAAGGAUUACUUGUACCUAUCCCCGGAAUUACAACAAUUGUUGCUCUCGGUGGAAGUGUAUCCUGAUGUGUUCCCUGACCAUGCUGUGCUCAUGGGAGUGUUUCACUCAAUGCGAGAGCUACUCCCGAAACAAAUCUGGUUUUCACCAUCCCAAUUUCCAUGGCCGGUUGAUUGGAAUGUAGAUGUGCAAUUUUGGCAUAAUGCGACUGGAACUUGUGAAGAGCGUUACCGCUCCUUAUGGCGACAUAUAGAAGACCAGGCGGCACAAGAGGUUCCGUUUCCUGUGCCCUCCAAUGCCAAGGGCCGGGCACGUACAAUGACCACUGCCCCUGUUAUUGCCGGUAAGGUGCCUCCUCCGAGGUGUGCCAGGAAGGGUGACAUCCGGCCACAAUUUGUAUGUGCCUCCUUUCGGCAUGCCCAAUGGUUGCGUCAGACAAGAAGACUCCAGGCGUAUUGUCGAUUUGCCAAAAGUAAUGAUGUUGUUACCACCCAUGGAUGUGCUGUUUGGGGAGCCAUUGUGAGGGCGAAAGGGUUUCACCCGACAUUUUCUCAGUGGUGGGGCCAAUCCACCUUGCGCACUGUUGGGGCGCCUGCUGUUUUGCCAAUCAUGCCUCCGCCUUUUGCUGUUGCCCAACAUGUCCUGGAGUCAGUGUGCCUUGCUCUCCGGCGACUGGAACAGGAACUGCAGCAGUCCUCGAGACUUUAUGCCAGGCUCAAGCGUGACAGCAACCCUAAUGUGAUUUUCCAGGAUCUGAAGUCUCACCCUGACCAGGGGGUGCAUGUUUUGCUUCAACCUUCGACUGCUAAGGUCCUUGAGGUGCGUGAAGAUGAUUGUUCGGUUGUCCUUGAUAAACCCAUGCAGUUUGACCCCUUGUUGCCUGUUGUUUGCACUGCCGUCCCCUUACCCAUCAUUCAUGCUGAACAUGAUUGUGUGUGGCUUGAGAACUUGGAGGGUGUUGCGGUUGGCAGCACGGUUACACAGGUGACACGUGUUGGUACAGAUGAGGACUUGUUUCACCUGUUUUUGACUGCCUGGAAAGAAAUGUGGGAGCGACAUACCCAUGUACCACAAGAGCGCUGGAACACCAUUUUGGAGUUUGCCCGCCAGCACUUGCCCAGAUUGCAGUUUUCAUGGCCUUCCAUCACCGCUGACACCUUGCGUCACUGCAUUUCCCACAAAAAGCCUUUGACCUCUGGUGGCCUAGAUGGUGUUUCCCUCAGGGAUCUGGAAGCCAUGCCCCAUGCAGCCCUUUGCAACUUUGCCGAUAUUUUCCAGUAUGCGGAGCACACCGGCUCCUGGCCGACCCAAAUUGUAGCUGGCCGUGUGGCCUGUAUUGCAAAAACGCCUGUUCCCAAGCAAGCCCUGGAUUUUCGCCCCAUUACUGUGCUAGGCCUUCUCUACCGCUGCUGGGGGACCUUUCAGGCGAGACAGGUGAUCCAAAGGUUAGAUGAGUUUCUGCCUAUGGGACUUUUUGGGAGCAGGUCAAACCGCUAUGCGGGCCAGGUUUGGUCCCAGUUGCUUUGGUCGAUUGAGCAGGCGUAUGAACAGGCCAUUGAGCUCUGUGGGAUCAUUGCUGACAUACAAAAAGCUUUUAACUUUUUGCCUCGGCAGGUUGUCUUUGAGUGUUGUGCUAUUGUAGGUCUCCCUUUUCCGCUGCUGCGAGCGUGGGCCGGUGCCCUCACUACCAUGCCCCGUCGCUUUCAGUUGAAUGGGGCGAUGAGCCCCCCUGCCUACAGCAACUGCGGUUUGCCCGAGGGAUGUGCCUUGUCAUGUGUUGGGAUGAUGGUGGUUGACAUGGUUUACCAUGCUUGGAUGACACACUUCUUCCCCAUGUGUCAGCCUCUUUCGUAUGUCGAUGAUUGGCAGGUUUUGUUGACUGAUCCUGACAUGUUGCAGCCAGCCUUGCUUUGUUUGGAACGUUUCACUCAGGCGAUGGAUCUAUUACUUGACCAGAGGAAGACACACACAUGGGCGGUCAGUAACCGAGGGCGGCAGUUGCUGCGUGACCAGGGUCUUGACCUUAUUGUUGGGGGAAAGAACUUAGGUGCCCAUGUCCAGUUCACAAGGUUGCACACUAACCGCUCCCUGAUGGCACGUGUUCAAGAGGGACAGCCCUUGUGGCAACGUUUGCGCCUUUCUCCAUGUGGAUAUCCUGCCAAAGUCCGAGCCAUUCGUGUUGCCGCCUGGCCACGAUGUUUGCAUGGAGUGCCUGCGACGACGCUGGGCUUAGCCACUUUCCAAUUGCUCCGCUCGAAUGCAAUGCGUGGGCUACGAGCCGAGGCUGCUGGAGCAAAUCCGAUGGUCCACCUCGGUCUGAUAGAAAGACCUGCCACUGACCCGCACUGUUGGUCUAUCUUGCAAACCCUACGUCUCACCAGGGACUGCGGCAUGCAUGAUCGAGUCCAACAGGUUUUGAGUGCAAUUGCUGGUGGUUCCGAUGCUUACCCUGCCAACAGCAUCACCAACACCCUUUGCACCCGCCUUCAAUUCCUUGGUUGGCAUAUUGAUAGUAAGGGGUUAGUAGUUGAUCAUUGGGGUAAGUUUUCACUGUUUGGUAUUUCCAUGCCUGAGCUCCAGUAUCAGGUUGAGAUGCAAUGGACACAUGUGGUGGCUGCUGCCACCGAGCACCGUAGCUGUUUCACCGGGCUGGAGUCCUGUGAUGCCGCAGCCACGCGCCAGUGGCUCGGUACCCUUGAUGGCGCUGACCAAGCAUUGUUCAGAAAGGUGUUGAAUGGAACCCACUUCACGCAGGAUGGCAAAAUGCACUGCCAGGAGACUUCGUCUCAUGAGUGCCCAUUUUGUGAGUGUAGUGACAGUAGAUACCAUUGGUUUUGGGAAUGCCCUAGGUUUGAAACUAUGAGAGAACACAUCCCAGCGGCAGCACGCAAAUGCAUUUCUGAACUGCCAGAAGCGCUUACCUGUGCUGGCUGGUUCCUGCAGCCAACGACCAUGCAAGAGUGGAACUCCCUUUUUGCCAACUUGUCUCCUCCGCCCUUGCCAUGUUUCACUCACCAGGGUGAUUUGUUUCUCUUUACUGAUGGAAGCUGCCAUGAUCAACACAACAUUAACCAGCGAUUUGCAGGUUUUUCAGUUGUUUCUGCCUCAUGUGAAGCGGUGCAUGAUUGUACUGGCAGUCAGAUUUUGGACUCAGGGCAUGUACCAGGUCUCUUGCAGAGUGCCUAUCGUGCGGAAAUUUUUGCAGUACUCAGGGCCCUUCAAAUUGUCCAAAACCAUGAGGGACGUGUGUUUCUUUGGUCUGACUGUGAUGGGGUGGUACGACGGCUCAAGCGUUUGAUUUCUGGGCAUGCCAUUAGCGCUAACAGUAGCCAUUUUGACCUUUGGGAAGAAAUCCUUAAACUUGUCAAACAACGUGAUGGAACUCUGUUUGUUGCCAGGGUUUCCGCUCACCAGCAUGAUGAUGCCGGCGAUGUCUACGCUGAAUGGUGCUUCCGCCAUAAUGGAAUAGCAGACCGGCAAGCUGUUCGGGCCAACCUGACCCGAAGUGCUGAGUUUUGGAUUAUGUGGAAGCGCCAUUGCAUUGCUUGUGAGGGUAUUGAUUGGUUUAAUGGUGUGGUUCAUGAGGUUCAAUUGGCUAUCAGCCGGGAGGUUACACGCCAAGAAACCCCGGUUCUGGCCCAACCUUUGCAUGAGCCAGCAAGCAUGCGCCCGUGUCCAGACUGGGUCUCGCUGCCUCCUUUGUGCCUGCCCGCAGCAGCUGUCCGAUGGUAUGGGGAGUCACUUGUCAGACACAUUGCGAGUUGGUUCUGGUCGGCUACAUACUCAGGUGGCUAUGACAUGGUAUGGGUGUCUCACUUUCAGCUGUAUGUGGAUUUCAUGCUGACGACGGGUAUGCCUGGACCGGUCAAGCGAGAGCGAUGGUGCGAUGGGCGAACUUUGUCCACUCUUUGUUUGGGCAACUAUACGUUUCGCACCCGCUCGCGGUGGUUUAUCAAGGUCUUGAAAGAGAUUUUGAGGCACAUGCAGGUUUCACUGUCUGCUGAUUAUGGGCGGCCGGCCUCUCAGAUGGUCCUCAUGCACACCGGCAUUGUUGCUGUACCAUGGGCCCCUGAUAGGCUCCGUCAGGUCGAUGAGUGGAUGCUGCGCCAUGGAGGCAACACUUUCCGCAGGCAGUCUGCGGCUAUUGACAGCCUCCCUUGUGCUGAUAGAUCACCUUCGUUUCCACCACAUCUUGUUUCAACCAUUGGCCUCUGA